GUUGCGGGGGUGAAAUCUCGCGACAGUUCUUGUGAGAGCGCAGUAGGAUUUUCAUCAUGGCAGGCAGUAAGUUGGUACUAGAGGGCAGAAUAAGUAUAAAAGGCUUUAUUUUAGGACUUAGCGUGAUAAUAAUUCCCUUGAUCAGAACCCUGUUUGGACAUCUCGACUGGGUCUUUGAUUAUCUCACAGAAACAUCUGGAAAAAUAGCAAUUUCAAUCCAUAUCGCUGUCGUCAACGGCCUUUUGCUAAUCAUUUAUAGUGGACCUGUGUACAAGGUUGCUGUGAGAGCCUGCUUUCUUGGUGUUACGUUUGGCUGUGGCUUAAUCAUAAGCUUUUCCCAGACCACGUGGACACAUUUUGGCUGGUACAUGUGCUCUCUGUCAUUCUUCCACUAUUCGGAGUACCUGGUGACGGCCAUCAUCAACCCUCGCAGCUUGUCGCUGGACUCCUUCCUGCUCAACCACAGUGUGGAGUAUACACUGGCUGCAGUCUCAUCAUGGCUGGAGUUCACUGUGGAGAAGCUCAUUGUUCCAGAGCUGAAACAACUGAACUGGCUGAGUGUGGUGGGCCUGCUGAUGGUGCUGGGGGGGGAAAGCCUACGGAAGGCAGCCAUGUUGACGGCUGGCUCCAACUUCAACCACAUAGUACAGAAUGAGAAGGCCCAGAGCCAUGUGUUAGUCACCAGCGGGGUAUACUCCUACUUCAGACACCCCUCGUAUGUAGGCUGGUUCUACUGGAGCAUAGGAACACAGGUCAUGUUGUGUAACCCGGUGUGCAUACUUGGCUACACAUUAGCCAGCUGGCGCUUCUUCCGCGAGCGGAUUGAAGAGGAAGAGCUUUCCCUCAUCCAUUUCUUCGGGGAGGACUAUGUGGAGUACAAGAAGAAGGUUUCCACUGGGCUGCCCUUGAUUUCAGGCAUCCGUGUCAACUAGACUGUGGAGAUGAGUGCUGGACAUACUGGACUUGAAGCACUAAAGCAAGGCUGCCCUUGUCAGCAUUUGGCAUUUGCCAUCAUGGCUACUAUCCAAGGGGUAUAAUCGUGUAGCUCACUGAGCCCUGAAACUCAUUGCCAGAGAUCUUGACAGCCAUGGUUAUGGCAAGUGACUGGGCUGCCGUUCCUCUACCAAGCUCUUCUGCUGAAAUGACACCAAGUCUAAUUAGAAAGACGAGACAACUUCUAGUGUAGUACUUGCUCUCAUUCCACCUAUUUUAGUUGUGUUUUCUCCUUCUGAAUAUUUCAGUGAGGCUUAGUAUGUUUACACAUGACAUCUGACUUGUUACGUUUCAGGGUGCUACUGAGUACUCAUAGCAAAGCCCUUUGGGAUCUUACUUUUAUGUAAAUCACUUCAGCAAGAAAACAAAUGUUUUUUUCCUCAUUUAUUUUAAGUAAAUGUGUUUUAAGUGCUCAGAGAUUGACAUUUGAAUUUAAUAGGUAGCAUGUUUUUGGUCAAUACAGUGAUCAAUAUUUGGAGGGAGAAGUCACAGAUAGCCAAUAUAUUGUGCUGAUAUUCAGUAUAUUUAAACUAUUUAAACUGUUUUCAUGCAAAAUUUCAGUAUUUUUGGUUAAUUUUAUUCCCAAUAUAACAAAUUUGUUUUUUGGGUUAGCAGCUCUUAAAGCAAGGUGACCCAUCACACCAUUUCUGUGAUAAGGGAAACCCUUGGUUACUUUUAAAUUAAGAAUUAAUUUAAAGAUUAUGAACCUAUAAAAUGUGCAAAGAAAGUAAAGGUCAUGCAAGGUUUUACAUGUCUGUGUAGCUGUGGCCUGGGAUAAGACGACAACAUGACUGGCCUGAUGUCAGUGAAACCCUAAAAUUCAGAAUUCUGCUCCUUACUGAGGUCUUGCGUUCCAGCGUCAUUUUGCAUUAUAAUCUGCCCCAUAAAAUUUGUCUACGCAGACUAAAUUAAUACAAUCGCAAAUGACUCACCCUCGGUUCAUGAAAAGCCUUUGUUUAGCCAUUGAAAUGGUGGAUCCUCACCGUUAAUUACUUUUCAUUUUGUGGUAAGUAAGGCAUGUUUCGGUACACAAGGGCAUGAUCAAUUAUGGAAGGUUGUAGAUCUUCAGGUUCCUGUCCUGAGUAGGAACAGUCGGCAGCGGGACGUCCUGGAUGUGAAGUCGUGCCCGUUAACAUCCAAACAUUAACCCUAGUCUUAACCUUUUCCUUGACUGGGUAGUUCAUCCUACUAUCACCUGUACCUCAUUAUUUUAUAGUUCCCUCAUCUUGAGUUUGUGCUGCCCACAAAACCAUCAGCUCAUUGGGGUCUUCAGGCACCUUAUCUUGAAACGGUAGCUAACAUCUUGUCAUUUCUGUUGCUGUUAGUUCAUACGUUGUAUUUUUGUCUUUGGUUCCUUCAUGUUCACUAAAAGGUGGUUUUUAUGGGCAGAGGGGUUGUGAGAAGACUGACUGACUGCUGCUCUCUCAGUUCCAUCUGAGUGGCUUCACUAAUGCUGUAAAGCACUCUUCUAUCCCUGUCUGUCUUUUCUCUCUUGAUUUUAUUUAUUUAUUUAGUUGUUGUUUUUUUUGUUUUUUUUGAAAGAUUGUUCAGGUCAUGAAUAACUACAGGAGCAAAGACGAUCUGUCACUAAUCCCGCUGACUACAUAAUAUAAAUACACUCAGCGGCCACUUGAUUAGCACCUGCUCAAUCUAAUACAAUCCAAGACAACUGCUCUGCCAUAAAGUUUCCUUGUCUGAUGGCUAUAAUGUAUUUAAAUAGGCAGGACAACAAAAUAGAAACACUUCUAAAUAUAAUGUAGUCCAGUACAAGACCUCUGCAAACUACAACCUCAAUAAUAAACAGAUUUUAAUUGACACAUUCUGCAUGUUCUGUCAACACAAACUGAACAUGAUAAACUUUGUUAAAAGGUAGAAUUGAUGGCAGAGCUGCUGAGCUGAGCUGCAUCAGACUGUGCAGGUGGAGCUGAGGAAGUGGCCACUGAGUGUGUAUGGGAAUGCACCUGCUUUUUGGAGAUAUUACAGACUGUCAGUUCAUCUGUUACAUGAUAGGAGCAUUGUCAUCAAGAUCAUCUACAGUAUGUGUUCCUAGUAGAUCACAGGCUCAGGAGUUCAAUGCUAACACUUAAACACACACUAUGCUUUGUGACUAUCAAAAAGAGCAUGUAGCGCCUCAGCACAGGGCCACAGCCAGCCCUGCUUUUGAUAGAGGACAUUUGGUAUGGAAUAGGAUGGAAUACCUCUUUACACAUGAAUCUGAACUAUUUAUUAAAUAGUAGUAAUGAGUGAAGUAGAGCAAACAAUUCAGGUUAAGCUUUGUUUGCUAGGGUAGGAUGUGAUAACUGGCUUGUUAUUUGACUGUUAUUUUUAGUUUUUUAAAAUUUAUUUCAUUUAUGUCUAAGGCAAGUCCCCAUAAUUUGACUUAAUUUAUACAGAGUAAUUUUAUAUACCUCAGAUAAUGCAAGGUCUCUGUUUCAGUAUGUUUCUAAUAAUAUAGGUUCAGUAUUUCUGUCACCUCAAAGGGGCACCAGUAGUUUGACCUAAUUGGCAAGAUUUUUUUUUUUUUUUUUCAGUCAAUGCCAUUUCCGGUGUAAGGAGUCGGUGUAGUGUGUGUUGGCUUGUCUGUGAGUUGCAUGUUAAAGGCCACCACGUGGGUCCACACCACUCGCACUUUAAAGGCAACUCCAUUCUUCACACAAGGCAUGCUCACGCAAGAGACACUAAUGUCUGCUCAGUGGCUCAUGGUUAAGGAAGGCCCAUUGAAUGAAUAUUGCUAGUGACGGAUUAUUGACACAAUUCAGCAAGUAAACUCAUGCCACCUCUCCAAAGGUCAAGGCAUUUUUUUUAAUAUCCCUCUAAUAUCAUAUUACCUUUAUUUCCCUCAUGUGGAAAAACUAUGUAAAGCCUCUGAAACCUACGGAAGUUAACCUAAAUAUGAAAACUUUGUAAGCCAGCCUCUUGUGUAGGCCAACAGCUUGCCUUUGUUUGGGGUGGGUAACAUGCCUGAAAGUUAGCAGUUAGCCGUGGGGAGCGCUUGAUAACUUGGAAAACAUGCAAACUAGUUCAUGGAUCAGCAUAGCCAAGCAAAUCUUUAAGAAAAUGUUUUGUUUCUACUAAAGACAUUUUUGGAGUGUACAAGACUGUAAAUGAAGUGCAGUAUCUGUUAAAGGCACCCAUUUCAAGUUCGAGACACAUUGAAUCCUGGGGUGCACCGUGACUAAUGCUUAGGCUAUUCCUAAAACAGGCCUAUCACCUUUUGACAACAGUCACUUCAUAAUACUCAGUGAAUUUAAUACAGGCCUAAGUCAUUAUGUGUAUUGAUCCUUAGAUGGGCUAGGUGCUGUAUGCACAACAGAGUGUGGAUCCCCGACCCGGGCCCGCUGGGUCCUAGGUCAGGGAUCCUCUGCUGCACAACACCAGGACAUGUGUCACAAGUAUUUUAAUGGUGAUGAGGUCAAAUGUGGCAGUUUGAUGCAGACUGUGGGGAAGACAGCGCAAACCUCUGCACACGUUAAACUCUAAGCCUAAAGGGGCGGUCAAAUGACAUUGGAUUCAUCAUGGGGUUGCAUGGGGUUGGGGGGGGGCUGUUGGCCAUAACUAGUGUGGGUAUAGCAGGAAAUAUGUCCAGGUUCACCAAGGCUGUACCUUUGUUUGGAUCAGGAAGACGACAUUUCUCUGCAGAAGGACAUGAGCUCUGUUUUCCGUCUGAAAUGAAAUGACUGGAACAUGAAGGACCAGUGGGACCAAAUAAAUAACCAAAGGUAUUUCACACAUUUGCACUUGUUAAAUUGGAGCGACAAAUAAAACAUCUUGAAUCAUCUUGAAUCUCAUUGUCAAAAAUGUCCAGCAACAGGUCAUACAGAAGAAGUGACAUGCCAACAGCCUGUCAGUGUCACACGGGACGCUUCGGCGUCUGUGCUCUCAACAUGCAGCAGCUCAGCCGAUCAGUGGGAAAGUUUACCAAACACUCAACGUGUUCUGUUAUUACAGUUGAAAAAUAUGUGCGAGUGCGAGUGUGUGUUGGGGUGAGUCAAUUUAUGAGUUAAAACUGACUAAGUUGUAGCAGUGCACUGUAUAAGGUAAGACACUGGAUCAGUAAGGUAUUAGCAGAUGAAUUUACUUUUGUAAGCAUGGCACACCUGAGCUUACUAUUAUGUAUGUUGCACUUUUACUGUAACUUUCAUUGCAUAUACAAGAAUUUGAUCACAGACUGAUUAAGUGAAAGGUUCAGGUAUUUACUGUGCAUUUAUUCACCACACAAUUUUUUCUGAAUUGAGCACAACUAUUGUGUUAAAAAAAAAAAAUAAAGGCAUUUCUUCCAAAUGCA